AUGACAGCUUUUACUAUUGUACCUAUACCAAUUGAUAGAAUUUCGAUUAUAGAAUAUGGUAACGAAGAUUUCAUUGAAAUACAUUUGGACGAACGACUUUAUGUAGGAGAAAAUAUUCAAUUAUGUAAAGUAUGCGAAAACAAUAAUGAUAGUAGUAUGGUAAUUGAAAAAAAUUACAAAAUAUUUCAUGAUGCUGAUCAAUGUAUAGAUUUCAUUACGUCAUAUGAAUGGCGAAAAGUGUUUCUUACACUUACUGAUAAAUUUAGUUAUCUACUCGAAUUAAUUCAUGAUCUACCACAAGUUGUCUUUUUCUACAUUUAUUCAACAUCACUCUCAAGGAUAUCAUAUAAAACAGAACAAUUUCCAAAACUACGAAUGAUUGUCCAAGAAAAUUCAUCCGAUGAGAAUAAUCAAUUAUUGGAAGAUAUUAAAACAUUUAAACGAGAUUUAAUGCCAAUGAAUGUCGUCAAACCUAUUAAACGAAAAACCAAACUUUUGAUACAGGAAGCAUUCGAUGCCGAUGAAUAUUCGAUCAGUUGGUUACAAGACAAUGAAUGUACUACAACAAUUGAUACCUCACCCAUAUCAAAUAUUAUAAAUUCAUUAAAGAUAUUUUUCAGUCUCAAUCAAUGUAUUGAAUUUAUCAAGUCAUGUAAUGAUACACGCAUAUUUUUUAUUUCAACACAUUCGAACAGUGAUAUGAUCGUAGAACAAAUCUUCGAUUAUUCGCAAAUCAUUGCCAUUUAUAUACUGCAUACUCAGCAAGAACUAGUGGAAAGUCCACCACUUUUCAAUCCCAAACUACAUGGUAUCUAUUCUAACAUUCAGAAUUUAGCCGAAGCAGUAUCCAAAUAA